AUGGCAGCCUUAGCUUUACAGCAGACACGAACAUCAUUGCCUGCGCUUCGUCUGCCAUUCUUCCGACCUUUCCUGGCCACCGUGACGUUUGUCCCAUCAAUAGGCCUUACCCCUUCACCGUUCAACUGGGCGCGGAAUACAUGGCAAUCCCUUCUCGAGCUCUUCCCGCCGUUUCUCCUCGCAGUACCCAAGAAAAAGACGUCUCAUUCGCGUAAAGCGAUGCGUAGCGCAAACAAGGGUCUCAAGGACAAGCAAAACCUCGUGCAUUGUCCUGGUUGUGGGUCGCCCAAGCUGGCGCACCAUCUGUGCCCGUCAUGCUAUUCGGAUUUGAAUCGGACUUGGAAAUCAAAAGCGAAGCAGGGCGGAACCUCAGCCGGCGAUAUACCGUCUGUGUCUCUCGAAUGA